GCCGACAAGAUGACCGAGUCGUGUGUCCGGGGACUAGGGGCGGGUUGGGGCUGGGGCUGGGGCUGUGCUGGGGAUGGGGAUGGGGAUGGGGCCCGAGUACGAUAGAUUUCAAUGUCCGGGAGUCGUGCUCGCGCCGUGGAGCUCGCGAGAAGAAUCAAUGCUGCGAAAUGCUCGUCCUCGUCAAUAACCCGCCGCAAGACGUGUCGGGGUCUGCAGUCGUUUAUGGCUUAUCGCAUUUGUGAAUAGAUGACUGUCGGGCCAAGUCACUCGCACGUAAGCACCAACGGUUGCAGCAGCAGCAGCAGCAGUCGAUCCGAUCGACAGCCCGAUCGAUCGGCCUCCUUUCGCCUCGCGAGUAUCCAGCACCUGUGAGAGCACUAUGUGCGCAUACAGGAGAUGUCGGCCCUUCCGCUGAGCGACAGAGAGCUCGUUCCGGUUGUGCGAAUGACGUGGCCCCGAUCGAGGUCGUCAUCGAUAAUCCAUCGAGUCGUUGCCCCUCGAGCUCAGGUGCACGAGAAGACGAUCACUCGGUCGCGGUCGCCCGAUCGAGAUCGAGCUCGAGCUCUUCCCCGUUCAUAAGCCGUCUAAAGCAUUUCCGAUUCCUCGACCGCGCAUGGGCAAGUGAGUGAAUUAGUGGGUGAGUGAGUGGGAGGCGAGGAAGGCCGAUAGAUUUCGAGCGCUGGUGCUGCUGCUCGCAUUUUCUACGGUUUCGACCAUGUCUGCAAAGGAUUCGGGGGUGGGGAUGGUGCGGCCGCGCUCCCCCGGAUCGCCAUCGUCGCCUCGGCCAGCGAAGGUGCAGAAGGUGUCAGGAUUGCGAUGGUCGGACAAGCUGCCGAGCGAGGACGAGCGAGGGCCGGCAGUGCCCGCCGCGCCUCGGGAGCCCGUGGUGAUCCGGGAGUUCGACGCCAGCAAUCCGCAGGAGGUGGCGCACUUCACCUGCGCCUCGGGCGAGCUUCUAUGGGGGCAUCUCAACACAGCCAUCGAGGGCUCCAUGUCCGAGCUGAUGGACACGGGCGGCGGCCCGCACGACACUUCCACCGGGGGCACCAUCCUCCAGAGCACCUUCCGCUAUCGCGCUAAGGCGCGCAAAGGUGCUUGGAAGGUGGAGCCGGCCUUCAUCGGCGACUGGCACAUCGGCUAUGUCUGCUACCACGAGACCGUGAAUGGGCUCGACAUUCUGCGCCAGGCCGCCAAGGUCGGCAUCUGCAACAGCAGCGAUCAUCCGACCCGCGACGUGGUCUACGUGAAUCGCUACGACUGGGGCCACUGGCACUCCCCGGGGCUGCAGCUCGUGCUGGACACGCUCGGCCUCGGCAAGAGCGAGGACGAUGUCCGCAACCUGGGGCCCAACAAUCCCGACGCGAAUUACCUCUGGCACCUCAUUUCCACGCGCUUCCUGCUGCUGGAUCCCAUAGGGCUGCCGGUGCUCAUCCAGGCGCUGAAAGACGGGGAGAAAUUGCAGAGGAGGAAUUAUCUGUUCUCGUAUCCUCCUCCUUCCGCCGAAUCUGCAGCUCCUGCUCCUAAUGGAUCGGUCGCCGAGGUCGAGGGGGAAGCCCAACCCCCUGAAGCUGAUUCCUCUGCACCUGCGAAUGCUUUGAAUGCUGGGAAUGCUGAGGCUGAUGUCUCUGCUUCUGCUUCUGAAACAGCCAAUGGAUCUGCGGGAGAGGAGCGGAAGGGCGCUGAAGCUGCUGAGUCCACGAGCACGGAUGGUGCUUCCCGAGACCAUUUUGGGUUGAAUUUGGCGACGAAACAUACAGAGUACGAGUUAGGGUGGAUGAUUUUCGAGAAAGGAGAAUUAGUGGGAUUCGUUUACGAUGGGGAGUAUAGUGCAUUGGAGAUUUAUCCCGAGGGCAGCGAAAUGAGGCUGGGUGGGAAGGUCGUGCCGCCGCCGGAUCAGGCCUCGGAUGAAGAAGAAGAUCCUCCUUACUCCCCGUCGACGGCGUCAGAGUCAACGGAUUCCGAGGCAUCAACGAGAUACUAUGUCGGAUCGGAGGACGAGAGCGAGGCAGGCUCACAAGCUGCUUCGGGUCAAACUGGAGCAUCGAAGGAGAAUCCUGGAGAUGAGGAGGAGGAGCUGGGUGAUGAGAACAUGUCGAAAGAGACUGCGGAAGCACCUAAAGCUCUCGAAACCAUCGUCGAGGAAGAUCCAUCGGAGCCCUGCGAACAAGGGACGAAUGCAAAGGGAGCAGCUUGAUCCUGGGCAUGAUUUGCCCAAGGGUUUAAGUUGUGUCACAGAAGAUUUGCACUUCGAGUCUUCAAAUUUUUGAUCUUUUGGAGGGGCUGUAUGCUUGAUUACCCUCUCCUUCAUUUACAUCGUGCUCCAUGUACAUUACAUGAGACAACUGGACAAGUACAAUUUUAUGUGCAACGAGGGAACUGCGUUGUCCAUAUAUUUAUUCAAAGCAGUCGAUCACACUCAUUCAGGUCACACACAGUGUGUGCUUAAAGCAGAGGUAAGAUUUUGAGGUCGGAAAACUCUGAACAAUUUUUGUCCUGCUAUCUUACUGAUCCACUAAUUUCGCUUUCUUCUAACGAAUCUUUGGUGCCUCCCCGUCUCUUGUUGCAUGAAUGGGGGGAUUAUCCUUUUAUUUUGUAUGAGGUUGCAGAGGUCAUUUGUGGCUUUAUAUCACAUUUUACCUCUUAUACUUCAUAGGAAGUGCAUUUGAGUAGAGUAUGUUUUCUUCCUUCGACUAGCGAUGAUCCGACCUUUGGCUUUGAAAUGAGUAAGCAGCAAAUUUGUCUAAUUUGAUAUUCUGUUGUUGCUACACGGAAUCGUGAAUGUUCAGACACUAACACGUGAGGAGUAAUGCAUGUUAACGUCUGAACAUUUACGAUUCAGAGUCACGGCUUAAGCCAGCUUAAGCCAGCUGUAAGUCGCGGUGGAUGCUGUAGCUCAGCAAUGAAAUACGAACUUUCAUUUAUUUCCAC